AUGGAAAUAAAACUGAACAUAAUAUUCAAGGAGGUUUUAUUGAUGAGAACGGACGAACAUGACAUAGAAAAUCAUGACAAAGUGUUUGUCGACAAGCAGAAAAAUGUCCUAUGCGUUCAAUGCAUGAACAAAAUAUUUUUCAAGAAAUCACCCUUAUAUAAAAAAUAUGCUCUGUUUAAAAGUGUAAAUGAAAUAUACUCCAUAAAGAAUUGCCAAGACUUUCGGUACCACUUUUCUUUUUUCCUUAUAGAUCACACUUUGUUUCUGUCAAAUACGUUUAGCUAUUUGGAGGGUACCUCGGAAAAGAGCGUGGACCACAAUGGCAGCGAUGGUGAAAAGGGUGACCCCUGUGGUGAUUGGCAACUGAGUAGAAGCUUCUACAGGGUACGAAAAAGCAAAGGAAGUAAAAACUACAACGGAGAAAGUGGUGGAAAUAUAAAUUGUUAUGCUCAUGCAGCCAACGACGAACUAAUCACUUUGGCCACCAAUGCAUGCAAAGAAUUUUUAAGCACCUGUUCUGAAGAUCUCUGUAACAUUUUUAAGGAUGCAAUUUAUACCUGUGUACUUGUGAGGUUAAAAAAAUUCUCUACCAAUGAGAAAAAGUAUUUUUAUAUUUUUAAAUUGUUAAAAAAAUUAAUGGAUGGUGUGGCAAUUAUACACACUACAUUGAAGAACGAAUCUGCAGUCAUUGAGGAAUUUAUAAAGUUGUUUGUACAGAAUUAUUCUAUCCUUGAUCAUUUGAAAAAGGAAAAAAAGGGCAAGGAUUGCUCUCCCUUAGAGGGCUCGAGCAUUUGCCCAAAUGGGGGGAGCAGCUGCGAUGGUAGCUCCGCGAAUGGAGAUGGCACACACGGGGAUUCCAGCAGUGACAACCGCCGCGAUGACAACCACCGUGAUGGUAACGGCAACGUUAAUCGCAGCCAGGACGAAGUGCUUCUGCUUACGCUACAAAUCAUUUAUAAACUGUGGGGUGACAAUUCUCUUUGGCAAAUUAACAAAGAAUUGCUGAAAAACUUUUUCUCGAAUCUUAUCCAACAUUUUAAGUGCACCAAUAAAAACACACACUUGUGUAACUACUACAUAGAAUUCAUUUAUAUAAUUACAAAAAAUUAUAAUGACAUAAGUUAUUUUUUUAAUACCAUAAUUUUUGGUACCCCAAAUAAAUUCGUACGGGAAAGCAAGAAAAAUAGCCAACCCCCCCUUGUGCCCCAUAUACGCACCAACACCCCCUGUUCGAAUGCCCAAGGUAGGUGCGGUAGCCGAGAUCGUAACAAAAAUAGCAAACAACGUAGUCGCCAAUAUCACAACCCACAUCGCAGCAUUACCGACACCCGCAGCGGAAGCAGCAUCAGCUGGGCCAGCCAAAGCAAUAAUACUCUCCGUGACCACCUCUAUUCCAACAAAGAACUAUACGGGAAAAAUGACGGCCAUUUUGAGCCUUUCCAAACUGACACAUCUGAGCAAUUUUAUAAGCGUAGCCAGAAUCAUCCGGAUGAAAAUGGUCUUGAACAGAGUCAAAACGAAAGUAAACAAUGUGAUCAGGAGGGUGGGAAUAUUUUCCAACGCAAAAGCAGUGAAAAAAAAUAUAACGAAAAAUACGAUAAAGAAGCCCAAGCCGAAUUAGAAAAUGUGAAUCCAGCGCAUGUGCAAGGGGGGAACCCCCGGUUGAAAACUUCUUGCGGAAGUAGAAGGAACAACACAAGUGUAUAUGAGUGUGGUCAGGCGGAUGAGUAUUUAGGACCGGGGAGUCCCUACAACAGUGAGCCCCUUUCUCAUGAUACAUCAUCCGAAGAAGAAAAUUUCAAUGCAUUGUUUGUUCAAGAAAAGGAAGAAAACAAGUCGGGAUUCAAAUCAUCACAGGGGAUUAAGACAUUAGUGGAAUGGGAAGAGUAUGGGCAAAAGUUCACCGACAUGAAUGAUUAUGUGGAGGGCUCCAAUUACAAAAAAGGUAGUGCAUAUUAUUGCAAUUCCUUUGGAAGAGAACGCAGUGAGGAUCAAGACCUAGUAUCGUACGAAACAGCGGUGAGGGAAGAUGGAAAACAACUCUCCAAGCUGCGUUACUACGAUGGUAUGAAUUCCGGCACACAGAGCGGUAGCAGGGUUAGCAACGGUAGUAGCGGGCCCGCUAUGAAUUACUGUGACAGUGGUAGCACGGCCGGAGAGGGUUCAGCAUGGAUUGAAGCAGGAGAGGGGUUGAAUAUGUUAGAGCAGUUUGAAGAACGUGCAUCUUUGGAGGAUCUUCCACAUUUUGAAUCCGGCGAAAGGCUCCAACUAAGAAAACAGUUUGUCGGAGGGAAUUAUGGUUCAGAGGGAGGCACAAAAGGGUUUCUUCCGAUAUAUCCAAGAGGAAAGGGGAAAUAUGAAGAAAUAAAGCAUUCCCGAGUGAGAAGCAGCCCGAGUAUAUUCUCCAAAACGUCCAACACCGGUUCGGACACAGAAAACGAAAAAGACCCCAUGUGCGUAGAAGAAAGAUACGAAGCAGAUUCUCAAAAGUGCAGCAACAAUACACCCUUGAAGAUACCGAAGAGGAAGGAAAACAUGCAAAAUUUCAUCACCCUGUGUAAUAACUUACAAGAAACACUACUAAACAAUUUUUGCAAAGAUACUCAAAUGAAGUGCUUAGAAAUCUUUUACAAAUUCUGCAGUAUCGACAAAGAGAUUGUGAAUAUCAUUUUGUCCAACACAUCCCUCAUAGAAUGGGUCUUUGAUUUUCUUUCAAACACAAAAUAUGAAUGCUUAAGAGAAAAGGCGUUGAAAUUUAUCGUUACCUUUUUUAUUCACAAUUCUCUUUUUGCUCAUACCCAUGCCCAUUAUAUGAUUGAUGUCCUAAUAGAUAUUAUUUUGAAAUACGUGAAUAAAAGGUACAGUGCGUACAACCAGAUUAGUGAUGAUUAUUCCAACUUCUUUCACUUCUUAAAGGCUCUUAAUAUGCUCAUCGAUGUAUCCCACUCUUCCUUGAAUAUUUUUCACGUCUUUAAAAUUGUAAAUAUAGUUCCCUUCCUAGUGGUAGCAUCAUCCCCUGAUACUGUUCCUACCAGUAUCAAAGAAAUCGUAGCCUUUUUUGAAGAUUUUUUAUUCGAAAAAGAAGAGGGAAUUGAGAAAGAGAGCUUAAAUGUGAAACAGUGCCAGGUCGAUAAAAAGGGUAACAAUCAUAUCGUUUCUUUGACAACCAAGGAAGUGUUGUCUUCAUUUCAUAUGAAAGAACAACCUCAUGUGCUGGAUAGAUUGACUAAACAGAAACGCACCACUCGGGAUGGUAUUGUAGAUGAAGUGGAAACCCGACACUCCCUCGUUGCCUAUACCCACAUUAAAAACAUAAAUAAGGAACCCCCCAUUUUGGGAAAUAACCUAAAGGGAGAAAAGCCAAAUGAUACUGAUCCACCUGAGGAAGAAAGGAUCCAAAAGGAAGAAUCAAAAAAUGAAAUGAACAAAGUUUACAUAACCAACAUUUCAGCCCUAUUUAGGGUCCUCAAAACAGCUUUAAAAAUAAUGAAGAUGGUAAACACCAAGAAGAUAGAUAUUUACGUAGAACUUAUUUUUAACGAGCAAAAUGAUUACCUAUACAAUGUUUCUGUAGCUGUCAUGAAAUUGCUCUUCUCGUUAAUAUAUAUGCUAAAAAAAAAUGAAAAAUUUAUAAGCAACCUAAAAAUAAUUGAUGAGCAAGGGGACACAGACAAUGGAAGUGAUUUACAAGUAUUAACUUUCGUAAAAUUAAUACUCUACUUAUUUAUCGAUUUGCACACUUUUUUUAAAAAGACUCUCAAGGAAUGUAAUCACCCUUUCGAUAAGGACAUGAUUUAUUUUAUUAAAUUUUUAUACCUUUCCUGCAUUUUUAUCUUUGAAAAUAUAUGUAUAAGAAAAAAGCUUUUUCGGAAUGUAAGCACCAGUUUGUUUUUCUCUUCUUUCUUCACCCCCUUCUUUCACUUAUUAUCUGGUGUUUUAAACCACGUGGAUGAAAUUUCGUCCUCCCAUAUAAGAGAAUCACACAGUGUAACUAAUUGUGAAGAAGUCGGACUGUCUCGACGCAACGAUAAAUGUGUAACGAAUGACACAGAGGAUUCAGGCGCACUAAUCUUUGAAAUGUACAAAAGGAAAAUAAGGAAAGUGUUGAUGAGGAACAAGCCAUUCACCCUAUUUUUUCAGUACAUCUCCGGCAAGAAUUAUGACCCCGAGUGUCACAGAAUCCUGGAGAUGCUUCUGCAUGAAGAGGACGGAAUGCCCAAAGAACGGGAAAACCUUAAGGAUAUUUUGAUCGAAAUAAUCAGCAAGCAUAACUUUUAUUUAAGCAAAGUUCUACACUUCAAUUUUAACGACAAUGGAAGAAUCAUCGAAACGGUCAUCUACAUAUUGUAUCUCUGUGUAACGUAUGAUAGGAAAUUUAUUGAGAAAAAGUUAGCCGUCACCAGGGAGGACAAUUAUGUGGAACAAAUUUUUUCAUUUAACAAUUACGAGGUAAAUAUUAACCCGCUAUUCCUAUUCAUGUCUCUGUCCUAUUCCUACUAUUUUAUAACCAAGGAAAAAAUAGCAUUCGUUUUCAAGUGUAUCCGAAAGGAGAUGCAUAAAAUUAACUUGUCCGCAUGGCUGGAUAUCAAAAAGAUUAAAAAUAUUUACUUGGUCUUUGACUGCAUUUUCUCCUUAAAAAUUAGCAACGCCACUUAUAGCAACUACUUCUCAUUCAUCAUUCACGUAAUAAAAUUGGAACUCUCCCUGUACACGUCCAACCAGUCGGGGCAAGUGCACCUUAGAGACCAACGUGAUGAACAGGAUCGGCAGGAUCAGAGAUUUUAUUUGUCCAUUUCGAAAAAUGGGGAUUUGGUAAAAAAAAUUUUCGAAAAUGUAGAAAUGAAUACCAUCGAAAAUAAUCUAGCCAUAUACGUAUACUAUUUGAUAAUUAAGUUAAGGAAAUAUUCCGCAGAUCACCACAAAACUAUGAGCCUAUACAAAAUAAUGAAUGCAGUCAUCAGGCACAUGCACACAGUUGUAAAUACGGAGGACGAAAUUGAAGAUAUAUUCUGUUUUUUUUUUAUAUUUUUCGAAAACCUUGAAGCAUAUGCACAGAUGGACAUUUUUAAUAUAAUCACUUUGUUGCAGAAAUUGACCUGUUAUGUUAAGGCUUCCCUAGCCAGUUAUUUUGAAAAGCUGAAGGAAGAAAGGAACACUGCAAAGAAAGCCGCAAGUACAAAGGAAGGAGAUGAUGAGGCACUCCAUGCAGAUCUCAAAUUUGAAAAAUUCUUCUUCUAUUUUAUUAUAAAUUUAAUUUUAUUCUGUAGGAAAUAUAAACAAAUUCAAAAUAUCAAUGUGUUGUCUUCCUCCAUAGCUCUGAUAGAGCUCCUCCUCUAUUGCAUUCAGUUUAGCAAUAACUAUUUUGUGAGUUUAUCUUUCUUCAUAUUAUCUCUGCUCAUUUUGCCUUUGCCCGAAACGCCACAAAAAAGUUCCUUCUUACUGAUGACUGUCUCAACAUCAUUUGACAAAUGUGCCGACGAAAUAAUCCCCCCUGAUGACAAAUUAGCUGCACACACAGAUUGCAGUGCUGGACGAGAAAAAUAUGUCAUUAGACGGAGUUUAUUUUUUCCCCUAAUCAACAGUGCAGAUGCGAUGAUCAGAGUCUCUUCCCUCUCUCUCUUGCUAUGCUUGCUUUUAACCAACGACGUUCUACUGGUGGAAGAUGAAGCCCUAGGAUUCUUCAUCACCCUUAUUAAUAGCUCCUAUUUAAGCGAGUGGAAUGAAACCAUAAACGAUUUGCUCUUCGCCAUAUUCAACGUCCUGCUACUUUCCUCCACUUUGAAUUUACAAACCAAAUCAUUUUGCUUUAACUUCAUUUAUUCAUUCCGGCCCUUCUUCUUAAGAUUUAUAUUGCGCUUAAAUAGGGAUCAGAAAAUUAUUAUCCACAAGUUGUUUUUUCUCCUUAUAACAGUUAAAAUAAAGCCCCUGUGGUUUGACUUGAAGGUCUACGGCGAAAGGAUUUUGAAGAUCAUUCUGAAUGUUGUAACCAAGAAGGACCUCGACCUCGGCACGUUUCACUGCAUAUCCUCCCUUGCAUACGAGGCCUUCCUCUCAGAGGGGUAUAAAACCAGGGGUCCCUACCAAAGCGGUGCAAAUAAAAACGUCAUAGAGAAUUUGGAAGAAUAUCUAGAAACGUAUAAAAAGAAUGUUAAGGACAACGAUAGGGAUGAUAUUUUCCACACCUCAUCUUUUAGCAAAUUCAAAUGUAAAAACAUUGACGAUGACGUCGUUUUGGCUAUUUUAAAUGCGACAAAGUUGUUGUUAUAUCGAUAA